CGGGCGCGGCCUAGGGCGGGGACGCCAGGCGCCAAUGCCCUUGGGGACUCGGCCACACUGGCCCCGGCUGCCCAGGCGCCUGGGUGGCCCUGGGUGGCGGCGGAGCGGGACGUGCGCCCCGGCCAUGGCCUCGCCGCGCCGUUUCGCGCUGGAGCUCGCGGACUAUAGCCUGGCUCACUUCGCGCUGGGGGAAGCGGAGGCGGCGGGCGCGCGCCCCGACCCGCGCCUGUGCGCCCUGCUGGGGCCCCCGGGGCGCAGCUUCGCGCUGUGCGUGGCGGCGGCCGCGGGGGGCGGCUGCGGGGCGCGCGUGCAGGCGGCGCGUGUGCACCAGCAGCUGCAGCUCCAGCUGCGCCAGGGGCGGCCUUUCCAGCAGUGCCAGCUGCUCAGGUUGCUCGGCUACAGCCCUGGAGACCCGGCCGCCCGCCCUCAGCACGGCUUCCUGCUGCGCGACCCCGGCGCCAACCCGGACACGCGGAGCUCACUGCUCGACGUCCUUGGCGCCUGCCCAGAGCCCGCGCGCCCGCAGCUGGGCGAGUUCGAGACGGACGAGAGCGGCGCGCUACGGCUGUGGCUCUGGGCGCUGCGCGGGGGCGAGCGGCAGCAGGUGCGCUGCGCACGCGUGGUGCCGAUCCUGGAGCCCCCGCUGCACCCCGUGGUGCCCGACUUGCCCGGUUCUGUUGUCUUCCCAGACCGGGACGCCGCCCGGGCUGUUUUAGAGGAGUGUACCCCCUUUAUUCAGGAAGCCCAAGCAGUCCUCAACCUGGUUGACCAGUGUCCGAAGCAGGUGCAGAAAGGAAAGUUCCCGGUCAUUGUCAUCGAAGGCCUGGAUGCCACUGGGAAGACCACAGUGACGCGGUCCAUUUCCAAGGAGCUUGGGGCGGUGCUCCUGCAGUCACCCCCUUCUUGCAUGGGCCAGUGGAGGAAAAUCUUCGAUGAGGAACCAAGUAUCAUUAGAAGAGCUUUUUACUCUUUGGGCAAUUACAUUGUGGCUUCAGAAAUAGCUGAGGAAUCUACCAGAUCUCCUGUGAUUGUAGACAGGUACUGGCACAGCACGGCCACCUAUGCCAUCGCCACCGAGCUGAGUGGGGGGCUGCAGCACCUGCCCCCCGCCCACAACUCUGUGUACCAGUGGCCCCAGGACCUGCUCAGGCCCGACCUGGUGGUGCUUCUCACUGUGAGUCCCGAGGAGAGGAUGCAGAGGCUGCAAGGCCGGGGCCUGGAGAUGACCAGGGAGGAGUCUGAGCUGGAGGCCAACAGCAUUUUCCGUCAGAAGGUGGAAACAUCGUACCUCAGGAUGGAGAACCCAGCCUGCCAUGUGGUGGAUGCCAGCCCCUCGAGAGAAGAGGUCUUGCAGACAGUGACACACUUGAUCCGCACCACUUGUUAUUAACAUCACCUGCUCGGCCAGAUACUGCCUCAUCCCAGAACCCAUGUCCUUGCCCUGUGCUGCGCAGCAUCCCAAGAUUUCUCUUACACAAGCGUAUCGGGUGGCAGGAAGUUGAAGCCAACAUGGUGUUCACUUUACCUCUUCAGCCGCUGUCCCCUCUGCUGGCUGAUGGGCUUGGCAAACUUGUGCCUUGUCCUGUCCUGGCUGGUGGGUGGUGAUUGCUUUCUGCCUGGGAAAUAAAACAUCUUCUUGGAGCAUGGUUUGACCCCAUCACUACCAACUUCUGGGAGGUUCGUCUUAGGCAUAAAAUGUCAGGUGUGCAGUAGAUACCAGGAGGAUCCUUGCCAUCAGUGGAAAGCCCGAAGCCUCCCCUCCACCUGAUUGCAGAGCGAAUCACAGACGGCCAGCAUUGCCUUCUUCCCAGCCUGGCACAUGGCAUUGUGAGAGCCUCCCUGUGUCUCCUGAGCUCUGGAUCCUGGAGCCCAGGAUUUCCCCAGAGCCUGGCCAUCCAUGACAUCCCAGGUGCCAUUGGCAGGUGAGGGUUACUUGCGAAGAAAGCAUGAUUUUAUAUUAGAGGCUCACAGCCCCUUCACAUUGUCCCCCAGUCUAGCGCGUUAGACUCAAAGGCAUUCAACCCAAGCUGCUCUGACUGCAAAUGUACCAACCUUCUGUCAUUAUAUUUUGCUUAUUUAUAUUCCCUUCCUUUUCUCUGAAAUAUGGCUUUGAAUGUAAUGAGCAGUUUGAGCUGAACUGGAUUCAUUUCACUUAGCCAAUCCAGCAAUUUAUUUAUAUUGAUGUUUACAUCAUACAUUUCCUCGGUGUAGGAGCUAUGAGUCACUAAUUAAAAUCGGAGCCAAGGAGCUAAAUGCAAUGUUUGUUGUGUAUUUUCAUUACACAAAUUUAAUUUAUCUCACUCAAUAAGCACAGUGGUUCCUGGAAUGGGAUUUCUUAGUAAAUUAUCUUGCACAUGAAUGUCUUAAUGAUUGCAUAUACAGCAAGCUUUGAGGUCUGGUUGGCUAGAAAAAAAAGUAGCGGAGAAGAGAGGGAAACUUAUUAGUUGUGUGGCCUUGACUGCCUCAUUUAACAUCAGUAGUUCAAGUUGCUUGACCUAAAAAGGGAUAAUAAUUCUUUGUCUUAAGGAGAAUGUUGAUCUAGACGAUUACCUAAAAUUUCUUCCCGUCCUAAGGUAGAUGAAUCUGUAAAUUACGGUAUUUUGGGUUUUUUUGUUCUUUUUUUGGUUUUUUUUUUUUUUGGUACCUGGGAUCGAACUCGGGUCCUUGAGCUUGCGAGGCACGCAGUGGUACCACUGAGCUAAAUCUCUGGCCCAAUUACGGUAUUUUGAUCCUGUCUACCAUUUCUUAAGAAGACUUUACCUCAAAAUAAUUAAAUUUAAGGCCUUAUCAGGUUUACUCCAUGGAUCUUAAAUUAUAAUAAAGUUUAGUAUUGGCACCCAAUUUUCAAAGAAGCUAGAGGUAAUUUGUACAGAAUGCAUCUGUGUCUAUAAAUAUGUAACUGGUUUUAGUUGAAAAUAUUUUUUAAGCUGAUAAGUAGCACUAAGGUUCUUGGCAGUGUGGUAGCGGAUUAUAUUAUUGGUUUCAUUUACACAUUUUGAAAAGCUGAAGCCAGCAACCCGGAACAAACAUCUAAAGCUUUCUCUGUCUUCUUUGCAAACGAAUAAAUCAGUGAUGGCUUUC